AUGUUCGGCCGAUUGGAUCUUGUUCAAUGCUCUGUAUGCCUUGAAGGAAGUUGUGCAUGUGAACCUGCAGAGCCUGGGAUAAUAGUCGCACGCCGCGGGAAGAACAGCUCGGGAUCCGGCAUGAGACGAGAGCGCCUGCGGCGCCUGUCAGAGCCACAAAACCCGCGUUGCCCGUUGUCAAAGCAGCACUAUAUCCUCAAUCCGACUCUUCAGCGUCUGCCUUGCAGUACCGAGAAAUUCGCUCAAACACUCGUCAGGUCUUUCACUAUGGUCGCUUCCCAGAUCCUUGUAGCUGUGUUUGUCGCGGCUGCCAGCGCUACCAGCUUGGUCGGGCGUGAAGAUGUAUCCUUUGCCUCGCUCUUGAAGCGGCAGGAGCCCGGCACGCCUGCGUACAACUGUCACGACAACUGGUGCGUAGUAAUUUUGGCAGGCCGGAAUAUUUCUAAUAUCACCGUCAGCGGCUCUGCCAUCACUCUUUCCCGCACUACAAACCCAUGCGACAACCCAGCAUUCGUUGCCGACUACAACAACUGCUUGAAAUGCUCCGGACCUGACAACUACAACAUCUGGCGCUACUAUGGCGGAACUUUGAGUACCGCUGGCGCUGGCUGCGGCUUCGACACCGAGCCGCUGAGUGGCAAACAGGAAGAUGUUCCUGAAGCUGGCAGCACCGGUGCCGCAUUUUCAGCUGCCCCUACACAGACUUCGGCUGCUGUACAGUCGUCUACAGUUUUGUCUGGAACUCCGUCUACGGUGUCCUCAGCAGCUUCUUUGGCUUCAUCUACCGCUGCACCAAUAAGCAGCCAAGCAGCAGCUACGACCCAGGCGGUGACAAGUGAGGCUCCCGUCUCUUCUGUUGCGACCCUUUCAGCUCCGCUUACGACCGUUAACAUACCUGCGGUUUCUUCUGCUGCAAUCCAUCCCACUCUUAUUGCGAACGCAACGCUGAGCUCUUCUGUACCAGGUGUGCCAUUGCCCAGCGCCAAUGCUAGCGCGAGCUCCACUACUGUAAGUACGAACUCCGCUUCAUCGCCGAUGUCGUCUAAUGUGUUAUAUAGUCUGCUCCUGCAGAGGUGGCAACCAAUGCUGCUUCUAGUCGUCGUACUGCUGACGUUGCUGGUGUUGUCGGUGCGAUUUUCUUUGGUGCGCUGUUCGGCAUGUAACUCAACUUUUGAUUUCGAUUUUGACAGGAUGCUGAUUGAGAAUGUAUGGCCAACAGCUGACUAUUACUGUUAUCGUAUACCGCAUUUUGAUGAAGCGCGGGUGUGA